AUGGAAUUCACUUCAAACCCGGUAACAAAUAAUGAAGUUGUUGAAAGUGACCUCGAAAAGUUCGCAGAAAGACUAGGGCUCAAAGAAUUCACCGAAAAUAAAGACGAAUGGAAGAAAUUUUACGUCUUCGCUCGCUCAGAUUUCGUUUGGCCUCCAAAAACGGGAAUUAAUGAACAUCGCUUAAUUUUCGAUUAUGUUGUUGAUUCAGAGUACGAAGAUGAAGAAGAUAUGAUGGAACAAUACCCGGGUGUUAUUAUGUACCUGUUGUUGAACGUAUUGUCAGGUUAUGAUAAUAAAAAUAAAGAAUGGCAGAAAUUAUAUAGUAGCAAAGAUGGUUGGAAAACAACUCCUAUUGAAGCUUCAGGAUAUGGUGCUGGCGUAAAGGUUUUUCAGGCUUCAAGGAACUGGCUAAUUCGCUUAGGUGAUGGGUCCAAUUGGUCCAACUGGGUUACGACAAACGAAAUUUAUACUUGGCAAGUAAAUCCAACUGCACUACAAACCAUGUAG